AUGGAUCAGAAGACAAUAUUCUUGUCCGAUGAUGCAAACAAGCCAGUAAGAUUUGGGACUUUCCCAAUAGACAACUUGGAUGGGGUUUCAAGGGAGUUCAUCAAGAUUUAUGCCUACCCUAUUGACGAUUGGAUUGGUUCAUGGCCUCAUAAUCCCAUGAAUUUCAGAGAAAACUUGGGAAAGUAUGCAAUGGAGGUAAAGAGAUUAUUCCUUGAAAUAAUGGGGGCCAUAAUGGAGAGCUUAGGCCUCAGUCCAACCUACUUGAGGAGCAGUCUUGAGUAG